UUUAUAAGAUCACUUUACAAUUAUUGAAGUUGGCGUUGAGGUGAAGUUGUACUACUGCACGGGAUAUCGCUUGAGCUGCAGCUUCAACCUACUAAGGGAUCGACACCUCCAAAGAGAGAUUCGCUCAACACUGAAUACAGACACAGGUUGAAUUUCGAGGAUAUAUAUUAUAUACAAUAUCCAAAAUGGUCACUCUCCAAAAAGUCCGCGCCAAUAAUGCGUCUCUCAAAGAACUAGGCCCAGGCCUCGUUGCUGUCUUUGUCGGCGGUACCAGCGGAAUCGGUGAAUCGACCGCCCGCGAAUUCGUCCGCCAUACGCUCUCUCCGCGCGUGUAUCUCGUCGGCCGCAACGAGACGCAUGCAUCGCGAAUUAUCGAAGAACUGUGCUCUCUGAACCCCGAUGGGAAAGUAUCAUUUAUCAAAAGUGACGUGUCCCUCCUACGCAAUGUCGAUGAGGCGUGUGAGGAUAUCAAGAGGAGAGAAGACAAGGUGAACUUGUUGUUUAUGAGUUGUGGGUUCUUGUCUACGAAGGGGAGAGAUGAAACGUCCGAAGGCCUCGACAAGAAACUCAACGUCCAUUACUACUCCCGAAUGCGAUUCAUAUACAACCUCCUCCCACAACUCACCGCCGCAUCCACCACCACAACAACAAUAAAUAGCCCCUCCCCUCUAUCCCGCGUCGUCUCCGUCCUGGGCGCAGGCCAAGAAGGCCCCUUGAACCUAACUGACCUCGCGUUAAAACACAACUACAGCCUACGAACAUGCGGCGCCCACGCCAUCACCAUGAACUCACUCAUGACGCACGAACUCGCCUCCCAGAAUCCAGGGACGAGCUUCAUCCACACGUACCCUGGAGUCGUGAAGACAGGAAUCAUGCGUGAUCUUGGUCCGCUGGCGCGGUUCGGAGCGGAGGUGUUUUCAGUUCUGGCGAAGCCGUUUUUCGUUCCCCUGGAGGAGAGUGGAGAGAGGCACUUGUAUGCGGCGACAAGUCAGGUUUUUGUUCCGAAGAGGGAUGGGGAGGGUUCUACUGCUGCUGUUGCUGCUGCGGCUGCGGUGGGAAGUGAUGGGGUAAAAGGAAGCGGGGGGUAUUUGUUGAAUUGGAAUGGGGACGUUGUCGGGAAGCAAAAUCUAUUGAGAAAGUAUCGCGAAGAGGGAGUUGGGAAGACGGUGUGGCAGCAUACGUUGGAUGUGUUUCAGAAUGUUUGUGGUACGAAGGAUGGGAAGUACUGAUUUGUUUUGGUAUUAUUAUACCUAUACUCUUGUCUCGGAUGAGGUGGAGGGUUCUGUAAUAAUAUGCAUGUAUGUCCUCUCGGAUUGUUUCCAUGACAGAUCUGUUUCUUAUCUAUCUAGGCGUUCCGGGAAG